AUGGCGGCGGCCGGGCUCGGGCUGCGUCGGGUGUUGGUGCUCGCCUCCAGAUUGGGGCAGCUGCGGGCCGGCAUGGGGGGCCGGCUGCUCCCCUUGGCCGCCGGGCCGCGGCGACACGCGGCGCAUUUCACGUUCCAGCCUGACGCGGAGCCCAGCGCGCACGGGCAAACCCAGAAAAUGAAUCUUUUCCAGUCCAUAACUAGUGCCUUGGAUAAUACCUUGUCCAGAGAUCCAACUGCAGUAAUAUUUGGCGAAGAUGUAGCCUUUGGUGGAGUCUUCAGGUGCACUGUUGGGUUGCGAGACAAAUAUGGCCUGUCCUGUAGUAGGAGACUUCUGGGAACUCUUCUGGCUCUAUCAAUCUGUUUCUUCACUUCCGCAGGUAAAGACAGAGUUUUCAAUACCCCUUUGUGUGAGCAAGGAAUUGUGGGAUUUGGUAUUGGAGUUGCAGUCGCUGGAGCUACAGCAAUUGCAGAAAUUCAAUUUGCAGACUACAUUUUUCCAGCAUUUGAUCAGAUUGUUAAUGAAGCGGCAAAAUAUCGGUAUCGCUCUGGAGAUCUUUUUAAUUGUGGAAGUCUCACUAUAAGAGCACCAUGGGGUUGCGUAGGUCAUGGUGCGCUAUAUCAUUCUCAAAGUCCAGAAGCAUUUUUUGCUCAUUGUCCAGGAAUAAAGGUUGUUAUUCCAAGAAGUCCUCUUCAGGCCAAAGGACUACUACUGUCGUGCAUAGAAGAUAAAAACCCCUGCAUAUUCUUUGAACCUAAAAUACUUUACAGAGCAGCAGUGGAACAAGUUCCUGUGGAACCAUACUACAUCCCACUGUCUCAAGCUGAGGUACUGCAGGAGGGAAGUGAUGUUACACUGGUUGCCUGGGGGACUCAGGUGCAUGUUAUUCGAGAGGUGGCAACCAUGGCUCAGGAAAAGCUAGGUGUGUCCUGCGAAGUAAUUGAUCUGAAGACCAUUUUACCUUGGGAUACAGAGGCUGUUUGCAAGUCAGUGGUGAAGACUGGGCGACUGCUGAUCAGCCAUGAGGCCCCUCUGACAGGAGGCUUUGCAUCUGAGAUUAGUUCCACUGUUCAGGAAGAGUGCUUCUUGAACCUAGAGGCUCCUAUUUCAAGAGUAUGUGGCUACGACACUCCUUUCCCUCAUAUCUUUGAACCUUUCUACAUCCCAGACAAAUGGAAAUGCUAUGAUGCCCUUCGAAAAAUGAUUAAUUAUUGAUAGAAUUAUUGAUGAAGCCUGCAAGCAUUCUAACCAGAAGAUAGGAGGAAGAAAAAGAAUAUACAGAAGCCUUCUUUAGAAUUCUUGGCAUUUAUUCAGAUGUGUGUGUUCUGGAAGUCCUAUAGCAGAUUAUCUUCUCUGAAGUAAACCCAUCCUGAAUGUCAUCUUGGCUAAUCUUCAAAAGCUCAAAUUUCCCCCUAAUUAUGAAAUCAAUGAUGGACAGGUGAUUGCUGUAAUAAAUAGUUUCAGAUGUAUUAAAAAAAUAAAUUCCAGAUGUAGUAUGAACUUUAUUCACUUUGCAAUGCUUCACGAGGAUACGUCUUUAAAUGACUUCACUGUGUAAAUAUUAUGUGGGAUUUUAUUCAAUAAAACAUAUUGUACUCA